CAGUACAAGUUUAUAUAUAAUAUCACAAACUUUACAUAAUUUAGAGACCACCUGGACAAUUUUAGCCAAUUUAAGAAGUGGGUAUCAAUACUAAGGGUCUGUUUGGUUGGGGGAAAACAUUUUACGGAAAAUGUUUUCCCCGUUUUCCUGUGUUUGGUUCCCGUAAAAUAUGAGGGUCAACGGAAUUUGUUUUACGAUCAACGGAAAACUCAAAGCAAAACAAGGUAAAAUGACUUACCGUUUGGAAAAGGGUAAGUCAUUUUCCUUCGCUUUCCCGUACCUUGCUCCACAUCGAAAAAUCGAGCGAUCCAGUGGCCUCCUUCUCACCGGAGAGGCGGACGAUCGUCUUCUCAGAAAUCAGAAACCUUCGAUUUGGUUUGAUUUUGAAUCCGUUUAGGCACGACUGCUGAUGAUUUGUUUCCACUCUUCGACAAGUACGGGAAGGUCAUGGUCUCUACCUCUGAUUUCUCUUCCUACAUUGCUUUCUGCUAUUUGGUUGCAUCUAUGGGGCAUCAACUGCUAUGGAGCUUUGGUCUUGCAUGUCUCGAUGUUUAUGCUUUGAGGAAAAAGAGAGAUCUUCAGAAUCCUGUUCUAAUGAGCCUGUUUGCUGUAGGUGAUUGGGAACAACAAAUGGUUAUGCCUGGCCAUCGCGAGGAAAGCUUACAGAAAGAGCUGAACCGUUACAUUCCCACAGCUGCUGCAUUCGGAGGCAUGUGCAUCGGUGCACUCACAGUUCUGGAAGACCUUAUGGGAGCAAUUGGAUCAGGAACCGGCAUACUUCUUGCGGUCACAAUCAUUUAUCAAUAUUUUGAGACCUUCGAGAAGGAGAAGGCCAGUGAGCUUGGCUUCUUAGGAUUGUGAGCUUAGGCUUUGACUGAAGGAAUAGUAGUAUAUAUACCUUGGAACAUAAUUUUGUUGUAUGGUUAGAUGCACAAAUGAUGAGAACACUUAUUAUGUGCCUUUAGUUACUUGA